ACACGCCCACAAAGAGAGAGAGAGUGAGAAAGACAGAGAGAGAGAUGUAAAACAGGUUUUCUUUAGUUUUUAUUUUCACACACCCAUCACAAACUGCGACAGCUUCGAGAGAGUACGACAGGAUACUUCAUUAUGCAGUGCCCACAAUCUCCAGGGCGUCUUCUGUCAGAGGAGCAGUUCUCCUGUUCAAUCUGUCUGGAUGUGUUCGUGGAGCCCGUCUCCACUCCCUGCGGUCACACCUUCUGUAAGGCCUGUCUGCAGGGCUUCUGGAACCACAGCAAAAAGAUCCUUUGCCCCAUGUGCAAAAAGACAUUCUCCAGAAAACCCGAGCUCAGCGUCAACUGCGUGCUGGCCGAGAUCGCCCAACAGUUUCAGGGUCUGAGCACGGCGUCCCCCGCCGGAGUGCCCGGUGCUGACAGUGCGCCGGCUACACAGAGGGAAGACGACGGCGGAGACUUUGCCAAACCGGGAGAAGUACCCUGUGACGCUUGCAUCGGGAGGAAGAUGAAGGCCUUGAAGUCCUGUCUGAACUGCCCGGGUUCCUUCUGCGAAGCUCACCUGCGUCACCAUAAGAAGGGAAAGGCUUUGACCGGACACAAGCUGGUGGACCCCAUACACAACCUGGAGGACAAGAUGUGCAAGAAACACGAACGCCUGCUGGACGCCUACUGCCGAAACGAACAUGUGUGCGUCUGUAAGGAAUGUGUGGAGACCUCGCACAAAUCUCAUAACGUUGUUUCCGCUGAUCGAGAGUGGAAGAAAAUAAUGAGUCAGCUGGGGAAGAAACGCUCAGAACUGAAACUUAUCAUCAAGGAGCGAGAGAAGAAGCUGGAAGAAAUAAAGCACUCCACCAAAGUCCUGAAAGAGAACAGUCAGAAGGAGAUAGAGGAGAGCUGGGCGGUUUACGCUGAGCUCCAGCGAAUCCUGGAGCAAUCUCAGGCCGAGCUUCUGGACGCCAUCACAGCCAGACAAAAACAAGCCGAACAACACUGCAGAGAUCUCACCAGCAGCAUGGAGCAAGAGCUGGAGGCGCUCCGGAGAAGAUCCAGUGAGCUGGACGCGCUGGCUCAGACACAAGAUAAAGUCAUGUUCCUACAGUUUCUUCCGUCUCUACCUCCGCCGCCCGAGCCGUCCGAUUGGUCAGCGGUGUCCGUGAACACAGAUCCGCACGUCCACACCAUCAGGAAGUCCGUCUGCUCCCUGAUGGAGAAAUUUCAGCAUGAGGUCAAACGAGUUUAUGGGAAAGAACUCAGAAAGCUGCAAAACUAUGCAAGUGAGGUGAUCAUGGAUCCUUCCACAGCCCAGCGUGAUUUGUGUCUUUCUGAAGACGGACGUCAGGUGCGCUAUGAAGAGCAGCGCAAGAGCUCCUCGCAUUCGGACACGCCGCGACGCUUCAGCCCGGCUCUGUUCGUCCUGGGACGCGAGGGGCUGUCGUCGGGCAGACACUACUGGGAGGUGGACGUGGGCAAUAAGACAGCAUGGACAAUGGGCGUCGCACGGGGUUCAGCGAGACGCAAAGGAGACAUCCGGCUCAAUCCUGAGGGAGGCUUCUGGUGCUUAUGGCUGAAAAACGGCGAAGUGAAGGCCCUCGCCGGCAACAGGGUUCCCGUGAACGUCUCUACGCUGCCCCAGAAGGUGGGCAUCUUUCUGGACUGUGAAGCCGGUCAGGUGUCCUUUUACGACGUGAGGGCUCGCUCUCAUCUUUACACGUUCAGCGAUACUUUCACUGAGAGUUUGUACCCCAUCUUUAGUCCUUGCAUCAACCAGGAUGGAAAAAACCCCGGACCACUGAUCAUCACUCCGUUCAAACACACCGGUGACGGAGACAUCAGCUGUGCUACAUGUCACUGCUGUCCAGAGCAGACGGUCAGUGUGUUCAGAGUCAUUCAGCUACAACAGACCACCGGAAUGGCAUCACCCACCAGUAUGUUAGCAGAAGAGCAGGUGCACUGUUCCAUCUGUUUAGAGAUGUUUACCAACCCCGUCUCCAUUCCCUGUGGACACAACUUCUGCAUGGCUUGCAUCGGCAGCUACUGGAAGUCCAGUGCUCUCUUCAUGUGUCCGAUGUGCAAAAAGACCUUUCUCAAGCAGCCCGACAUCAGCAUAAACACAGUGCUGAGAGAGAUCACAGAGAAGUUCAAAGAGAUGAAAGCCUACCCAGUCCAGAACCUCCAGAGAACAAUGCAGCCCGAUCCCGGACGAGCCCCCGAUGAACUCCCCGCAGACUUGCCCGAGCUGAUUCCACCCGACGUGCCGCCGGCACAGGGCGUGCCUUGCGACGUUUGCACUGAACACAGGCAACGGGCCGUGAAGUCGUGUUUGGUUUGUUUGACGUCUUAUUGCGAGGAGCAUUUGAAGAGCCACACUGCUCGCUUUACCAAACACAAAUUGAUAGAGCCGGUGCGAAACCUGGAGGAGCGCAUGUGCAAGAAACACGAGAGAUUAUUGGAGCUCUUCUGUAAGAAAGAUCAGACCAUUGUGUGUGUGCUGUGCACAGAGAUGGACCACAGGGCCCAUUACACUGUUCCGGUCGAACGAGAGUGGACUGAAAAAAAGGCUCUGCUGCGUAAGACUGAAGCUGAAGUUCAACAUAUGAUCCACGAGCGUCUGAAGAAAGUUAAGGAUUUCAAACACUCAAUAGAACUAAACAAAGCCAGUGCUCAGAGAGAGAUUGAGGACAGCAUGCAGGUGUUCACAGAUCUGAUCCGAGCGGUCCAGAAACUCCAGGCUGAGCUGGUGCUGGAUGUUGAGGAGAAACAGAGGAAGACAGAGAACUGGGCCAAUGAUCAAAUAAAGGAACUUGAGAGAGAAAUCGAUGUGCUAAAGAUGAGAAACACAGAGUUAGAGUAUCUCGCUCACACUGAAGAUCACAUCCAUUUCUUACAGAACUUUACAUCAUUAAUGUCUCAUCCACAAACUAAAGACUGGUCUGAGAUCUGUGUGCCUGCAGAACAGUGUGUGGGAACCAUCAGAAGAGCUGUGCUUAAACUGGACCAGACGCUCACUGAAGAAACAGACAAACUUGUUGAACUAGAGCUAAGGAGGAUUCAAAAAUAUUCAGUUGACAUCACCUUUGACCCGGACACGGCCAACCCCUGGCUCCAGCUGUCCGAGGACGGGCAUCAAUUGCGUCACCUUGGGACAUGGCAGGAUUUGCCUGACACCCCCGAGCGCUUCGAUACAGUGGUCAUCGUUCUCGGACGCGAUGGUUUUUCCUCUGGACGCCGAUACUGGGAGGUCCAGGUGGGCGAGAAGGACGACUGGUACCUGGGUGUGGCCCGGGCAUCUGUGAACAGAAAGGGCAGAAUUUCAGUGAGCACACCUCACGGUUACUGGGCUUUAGCAAUGAAGAAAAGUCAAGGGUAUCGAGUUUCCUCCUCACCGCCCCUCCUGCUUCCUAUUGAACCCAAGUUGAAAAGAGUCGGCGUGUACGUAGAUUAUGAAGAAGGACAGGUGUCGUUUUAUGACGUACAAGCCAAAAGUCACAUCUACACUUUUAUGGACUCAUUCAAAGAGAAACUCUAUCCAUUUUUUUACCUGUACUGUUGUGAUAAGGCCUCUGACACCAUGACUAUCUGUCCUGUAGAGGAGAAAUCACAUGUGAAAGAGUGUUGAAUUACCUUUGACAAAAUCAACAUCAUUAAACAUUUUCUUUUCUUUUGUGUUUAAAAAUUUAAGGUAAAAUUGGGAUUGUGAU